CACACACAAAAUAUGUGUGAACGCGUUGAAUGAAUUUUACGACUAAAUUUCCUUCGUAUAUAUUUAAAGAAUAAAUAAACAUUGUAUCUAAUUGUCGGAAUAAAUAAGAUUUUUAUGUCAGAAAUUAAAAAUUGAAAAAUAAUUAUUGCCGCAGCGAGUCGAGCUGUUUACUUACAUCAUUUUCACCACUAUCAGUAUAUUGAUUAAUUAUUGAUGAACAUUCGGUUUCUUAGUCAUGCUAAAUCGACUGUUCGUGCUGGAAUAUUUACUGAUUUGGGACUCGCAUGUUGUGCAUACUGGCAUAUACUUAUAUAUCUCCAGCACCAACCACAGUACAUACAUACAUCAGUAACUCAUAAAGAAUCCGAACACCAAUAUAGAAAUGAGUGAAAACUGUGCAGUUGCUAUAGAGGCAAAACAUAUACUUGGUAACACUCUAAAAGGAAAAAGAAGAGUCAAGAAACAGAUUAUACCAUUAGGUUAUAAAUAGUUAGCAACCAAACGAAAAUAUGGCUCAUACAGGGCUCCUAAUUUUAACAAACCCAGCAAAAGUAGCUAAGUUGGUGCAAGUUAUAAGGAAACAUGUGUUAAAGACAUUGUAUAUUCAAUAUUUUCCAGAAAAAAAUAUCAUCUCCAGUAACUAUACCUUGCCAGCAGCAAAACUCAAAGGUCCUCGAUAUUCUCAAGUUGUUGCAAGUAUCUAUGCACUUGCUUCAAAUUAUUUCAGCAAUUUGGAUGUCAGAGUCUUACUAUCUAGUUUAAAAAAUCCCAAUGGAUAUAUGAUACACACAAAGAAACCAGUGGAAUUGAUCAUUUUUGAUUGUACUUACAGCAACAAUGAUGCGAAUAGUUUUAUGCAGGACUGCCUGUCCAACACAUCAAUGGGUUGCAAAUUUCUAACGUUUGACGAAAAAGAUCAAGAAAAUAAUUCCAGCGAGAUCAAUAUAAAUGAUGUUUCAGAAGGUAAAAUGUAUAAAAGUGUUGUACUCGGAGGUACUUUUGACAGAUUGCACAAUGGGCAUAAAAUAUUUAUAAGUGAUGCAAUACUUCGAUGCACAGAAAAAUGUACAGUUGGCGUUACAGACUUGAAUAUGAUAGAAAGAAAAAUUCUCUGGGAACUGAUUGAACCAUGUUCAAAUCGUAUAGCUUGCUUAAAAGAUUUUGCAGAAGAUGUAGACCCUUCUUUAAGCUAUAACAUUGUACCAAUUUCGGAUCUAUAUGGGCCGACAAAAGAAGAUCCUAAUAUGGAUAUGAUUGUCGUAAGCGAGGAAACAGAAAAAGGUGGCAAAUUGGUAAAUGAUAAACGAAAAGAAAACAACCUAAAACUACUGGAUAUUCAUGUUGUUAAAUUACUUGAAGAUUCAAAUCAUCAAGAGCAUGAGGAAGCAAAAAUUAGUUCUAGUAAUCACAGAAUGCGCUUACUUGGCACAAGACUGAAAAAGCCUAAUACUGAUGGAAAACCAAUCAGGCCUUAUGUAAUUGGUUUGACUGGUGGUAUAGCAAGUGGUAAAUCAUCAAUAGCAGACAAAUUAGAAAAAUUAGGUGCUGGACUUAUUAAUUGUGAUUUAAUAGCUCAUGCUUUGUACAGCCCUGGGGAAAAAUGUUACAAUUUAGUUGUUGAAGCCUUUGGACAUGAUUAUUUACUUCCGGAUGGCCAAAUAAAUAGAAAAGCAUUGGGUAAUCUAGUCUUUAAUGAUAAGCAUGAAUUAGAAAAAUUAAAUAAAUUACUAUGGCCUGUGAUACGCAAAGAAACAGAAAGGAAAGUCAACGAUUUAUACCAACAAGGCUUUAAUGUUGUAGUUGUGGAAGCUGCAGUUUUGAUCCAGGCUGGUUGGCAAUGCAUGUUUCAUGAAAUUUGGACAUGUAUAAUUCCACAACAAGAAGCUAUCAAAAGAUUAAUAGAAAGAAAUAAACUCAGCGAAGAACAAGCAAAGACUCGAAUUCUGGUGCAACCAAGUAAUGUUGAGCAAGUUGCUAAUGCACAUGUUGUUGUUUCUACUUUGUGGAGUCAUGAAGUUACUCAGCAACAAGUUCAAAGAGCUUGGGAUGAAAUACAAAAAGAUUUGAAAAAUCAUGCUAAAAGCUAGUCUAUUCUAUAUACCUGCGAACCUUGAAUUUAUGGAGUUAACAUAAUUUUCAUAUAGAUAUACAAACAACAUUAAACUUACUUUUUCUUUGCUUCCAACUCCUAGAAAAUUGGCUAUUUUUAUAAAAACAUAACAUCAUAGCUCUUGCUCCUGGUUUUGUACAGAACUGGAUAGCAUUCAUCAACCAGAUCUUGGAGACAAAAUGUCAAAAAGUUUUCUUACUCAAUUGAUUUCAAGUUUACUUUACCAGCCGCAAAGGUGUACUGUUAAAAUAAUCAACGCAAAGGCAGUGAUAAGAACUAGGAUCUGUAAUCUUUGUUGUAAUCAGAAAAGUAACUGAUUUUCUAGGAUUUGGAAGCGAUGAAUUGGCAAAUUUUAAGCUAUUAGUAUAUUCUAUAUAAAAAGCAUGGUGGCUUCUUGUGCUUGUUUGCUUAUUAAAGUGCAGAUUUUGCUUGAAACAGGGUUAUUCAUUUCAAUUGUAAAAUAUUGUAAUUUACAGAAUUUUCAAAUAAGAAUAUGAACUUGUUACUAGAAUAUUUUAAAGAAUUGUACGCAUUCAAAAAGGAUAACAAACUUGACUUUAAUUAUUUAUGUGACUGAAAAAAUAUAUAUAUAUAUACACACACAUUACUUUCAGUGUAACUUAUUAGAAAAAUUUAAUAAAAGUAGCAUCAAGCUUUUAACUAGAAUGUAAAAGAUCUCUGUGUUAUAUGCUAAUAACAAUAAUUGUGACAAAUACUUUAUAUUUUUAUUUUUUUGCAUACAUUUUAGGUAGGAAUAUAGUACCUAUAAGUGCAAUACAAAAAAUGCAGUUUAUUUUCGAAUUUUUUGCAAAAUUUAUCAACAUUGUAACAAUGUCAAAUUACUUUGGAAUAUAAGAUCACACUUAUUUAUCUAAAAGGUGUAUAUCGGAAGUAUUAAUGACAGCUUUGUUAAAAUACUUAUCAAAUUCUGCUAGGAUAAAAUUGAUGGACUUGAAGAUUAUAAACAUAAAGAUCUUUAAAAUGG